CAUACCGGACCGCGAUCUUGGUCCGGUCAGCAUAUCUCUUUCUAGCUUUCGCUCAUAGCUACGUCCUUAACGGACGUACGACGAACCACCUUCCACUCGAUCGAACAGGCCCGCCUAUAAACAUUAGUAUAGAAUAGUAUACAAUUUGGCAUUCAACCACUUCAUUCGUUCGUCUUUUUGUCUCUCUAUCGCAACUAUUGUUUACUAUCAAGAAAGAUAGAGACUAUAGACAGGCAGAUAACGAAUUUCGAUUCUUGCGGUAGACCCUCGGGCGCUUCCGAUAUAUCGGCUGCGAUACGUUGUCUCAUUCUAUUCUUCACGUUCUGUUUCACCACUCUGAUAAAUCGCAAAGGUCUGUGGAGCCCUUUACAUUGACGGUCUAUACGGGUUUUAAAACUUUAUCUUUGCUGUGGUUUGCAACUUUGCAUAUGCCGGCACAUUAUCUGUGAUCGGUUCCCUCCGCUUCCGCUUGUUUCCGAUUAGAUUGAUAGUUCGUAUCUUACUGUUGUUGUUAUGUUGAAUUGAAGAAAACAAAAGAAAAUGUGGUGUUUAAUCUCUCAGAUUGAUUCAAGAGUGAUAUAUAUUGUAGAAGGUAAUAAUUUAACAGUAGGCAGAACUUUGGAUUCUCAAUGUGGAAUUUUUGCAGUUAUUGAAGACGCCUCGAUAAGUAGAAAACAUGCAUGUCUGUCAAUAAUGCAGAACAGUUUAUACUUACAAGACUUAGGUUCUCGGUAUGGGACUUUCGUGAAUCAAACCAGUGAAAGAUUAGAAGUGACUUCUAAGGUGCAGCUUAAGCACAAUGAUGUAGUAAGAUUUGGAAAACUCAAUAGUGCAUGGACUGUUCAGGAAAUCAAGCAUGUGACAUGCACAUCAACUUUGAAGGGAGAGAAUCUUCAGAAUUUAAGAAUAGUUCUUGGUAAAAUAGGCGCUUCAUUAAAGAGUGAUUGGGAUGACACAUGCACAUAUCUAACUAUGCCAGCUAUAACAUUAACAAUAAAAGUUGUUCUAGCAUUGGCACAGGGCUCUUAUAUUGUUACACCUCGAUUUUGGAAUGAUGUCUUACAUGCCGUUACAAGUAGCAGACCAUUGCCAAACCCAAACAACUUCACCCCGCAAGUCAUAGAGUCAACUAUCAAUAAAGAAGAUGUUAUGUUUUUUCCUGAUGAAAGAAGGAGUAAAUUAUUCACUGGUAAAAAGUUCAUUUUCUUUUCAAGAAGACAACUUGAAAUGUAUAAACCGGUUUUACUUAAGAGCUCUGCUCUGCCCUUAUUAUUGAGUGAAUCCAAGAUGACCAAAUCUAUGCUUGUCAGCCCUGAUGUUGUUGUAAUUCAAUACAACAUUGGUAACACCUCUCAAGAAUCUCAAGCUCAAAGAAAUCAGAUAAAUGAUAUCAUUAACUACCUCAACAGCAAAGGGAAAAGGGCCGUUGCUGAUGCUGAAAUUGGCCUGGCCAUAUUGUAUUGUUCUAUAGACAAAUAUUGCAAUCCAGAGUUUAGCUUCACUUCUGAAGUAUUUAAGCAGCCAACAACUUCUAAUAAUAAAAAGAUGGAAAUUCUUGCACAAGACACACAGGAAACGCAAAAAUUGCAGUGCAAGAAAGAAAAUGUCAUGAUAAAUGAAAGUUUAACACCAAAACACAACAGUUUUAACACAUCUACUGUGGUUAACACUGACAAUGUUAGUGCCAAAAGAAAAUUAACUGAAGAUAUCUCUGAUAACAUUAUGAAUUUAACUAAAAAGGUAGCAACUACUCCUACGCACCCGUCACCGAGUGCUGAUGGUGCUAAAAGAAAGUUGACCGAUGAGGAAGCACAAGGUAAUCAGAAUAAGAAAAUGGCAAUAGACACUAGUGAGUCUAAUGAUGAUGCCUUCAAUUUUAUCAAUCUGGCAGCUGAUUCUGAGAAGUCAACUAAGGCAACUGAGAAAAAACUAAAUUUCUUCAAACCAGCCAGAAAAAAUUUAGACACUGUUGAAAAUGAUGAUGACCUAUUCAACUUUGUUCAGGAUACAACAAAAAAUUCUGAUUCCAAGCAAUUGUCUAUAAAAAAAAUGUUUGAAACUAGAACUCUAUCCUCUAAAGAGACACCUCAAGAGAUCUCUUCCACUGCAGCACAAAACACCGUUGCUCUAAAGAAAGAGGAAUCCGAUGAUGAAGACCUGCACAGCCGAAUGAGUGACUUAGAUCUAGGGUCCACUAUAGUAAAGAUCAGACGGGACUUAAUAGUAAAGAAAGAAUUACUGAAAAUUGAGGACCAAACUGACCAAGGAAAGAAUUUCAAAAAGUUCAAGAAAGUGUGGCCUGUUAAAAUGCAGGUUACAAUCAUACCUAAAUCAUCAAUGAGCAUCAUUAAACCUGAAGGUUUUGAUGUCAAUGAAAUAAGUAGUUUGACUACAAGUGAUACUGAAUGACCAUAUAGGUAUGUUCUUAUGCAGAUUAUGCAAUAAAUAUUGAAUGAACAAAUUGUGAUUCUUCCAAUAAUUUAGUAUUAGGUUAUGUUCAAAAUUAAAAACAAUUUAAAGAU